UAAUUGAAACAAAAAAGCCUUAGUCGAUAAGUAAGCUGCUUUGUGGCACGUCGACGCGUCUUAUCCUCGUAAUCAAAAUGAAAUAAAAUAAAUUUAAUUUAAUUUCGGGGCAGGGCAGGUCUAACUCCGCUUCGUCAUCCAACAGGAUCACAUCCAAUAAAAUUAUAAAGUUAAUCCCAGAUUAGACAUCCUAAUUGGGAAUUACUUUUCCUCCUCUUGCAACCUUGCAUAAAUAAAAUACUGAACCCCCUUCACUCUGUUUCAAAGUUCUUUUUCCCUAACCCCGUUUCUGCUGUGAUCUCAUCCAUUUCCGCCAUGUCCGUGCUCGAUUCCUUCUUCAGCAAGGGCUUUAAAGCUGCUAAAUGCAAAACUCUACUCAAGUUAACAAUUCCGCGGAUAAAGUUGUUGAGGAAUAGGAGAGAGAUUCAGAUUAAGCAGAUGCGCCGGGACAUUGCCAAGCUUCUUGAGACUGGUCAAGAAGCUACUGCUCGAAUUCGGGUGGAGCAUAUAAUAAGGGAAGAGAAUAUGAUGGCUGCUCAGGAGAUCCUUGAGCUGUUUAGUGAGCUUAUUGCCGUCCGUCUUCCUAUCAUCGAGACUCAAAGGGAAUGUCCUCUAGAUUUGAAAGAAGCUAUAUCUAGUGUCUGUUUUGCUGCACCUAGAUGUGCCGAUCUACCAGAGUUGCUGCAGGUUCAAAUGCUAUUUGCAUCCAAGUAUGGGAAGGAAUUCAUAUCAGCUGCAACUGAGCUGAGACCGGAUUGUGGUGUUAAUCGUCAGUUGAUAGAAUUGUUAUCUGUACGAGCUCCUUCACCGGAAGUAAAGUUGAAGCUUCUGAAAGAAAUUGCUGAAGAGCAUGAGUUGGAUUGGGAUCCAGCUUCCACUGAAACUGAGUUUUUCAAACCACAUGAAGAUUUAUUGAAUGGCCCAACACAGUUUGUCAGUGGGUCUAAGUUGCCCCUUCCUGCAGAGAAACAUGAUGAAACAUUAAAUUCUGCCACUGAUCAUGCCCAAAAUGAGCAGCCUGAUUCUGAUUCAGACUUUGAGCCCUUAGAUUUUCCUGAUGUUCCUAAGGUGUCAUUGCGGCCAAGUGCAAAUGCUGCAUCAGCACCAGCAAUUAGUCCACCGUCAGCAGCUGCUCCAGACCCUGAAAUUGAUCAUGGAUCAUCUAGACAUUUUGGAGCUCCUGGAUAUGUGUUACCAAUGUCACCUUUGGAACAUGAGACAGUGAUGGAAGAAAGUUCAGUCACUAAAGAAAAUGAAAUGCCCAAUGAUCCAGCUGGAGCCAAAGAAAAUAAACAGUUUCUGCCAUUCAUUUCUCCCCCAUCAGUAUCUUCAUCAAUUUCUGCAAGACCAAGCAAUCCACCAUCUGCUAUUUCAAAAAUAAAAAUUGAGGCUAAUGUUGACUUACAGGAUGUUUUAGCUGCUGCUCAGGCAGCUGCUGAAACUGCUGAGCGUGCGGCAGCCGCAGCUCGAUCAGCAGCAAGUCUUGCACAGGUCCGAAUUGCUGAACUUACUCAGAAAAAGGACCAGGUCACUGAAAGUAGCAGCUCUGAGAACCCUUUCCAUACAGAUGUCCCUCAUCAACCACCUAGUACAGAGAAGCCCAAUUUUGAUCACCAAAACUCUUUUGGUGAUCCAGCCGAAGUUUUAUACUCUCCAGACUCCCAUCAUGACCAGGAGCGCCAAGGAUCAGAGGUAGCAAAUCUUCCUUCACUUGACAAACUCAAAUUGGGUUUUGAUUCACCAGUUUCCAGUGAUCAUGCUCUUGAAGGAGACCACCCUCAAAAGCAGCCGCAGAGGUUGCCUUCAAUGGAUGAUGAAUACUUCUCAUAUCCAAACCUUUUUUCGUCACAGAAGUCAGACCUUGGUUCUGGUGGUUCUUUUAAAGAUAAUUCCCAUACUCAUUACUAA